UAUCUCUUCUAGAAACCUUCCCAAUAAGUCCAAACACGUCCAUUUUUUGUCCCCUUAAAAUCCCAAUAUCACAUCUCAUUAUUCCAUCCCCAUUUUCACUGCAAAAACUUCAAUCAAACAAUGGAUUCAGUGUCAUCAUCCGAAAUUGAAUAUGAGGUACCAAUGCUUUUUCGGGUCUACAAAGAUGGUCGUAUCGAAAAGUUCAGAAAACAUGACUUUGUCCCUCCUUCUGACAGUCCAUUCACAGGUGUUCGAUCCAAAGAUGUUGUUAUCGUACCGGAAAACAACGUAAUUGUACGCCUUUACCUUCCUAAAAUCACCCAAAACGACCGGAAAUUUCCACUACUUGUGUACUUUCAUGGAGGUGGAUUUGCGAUUGAAUCAGCGUUUUCGACUUACUAUGAUAGUUAUCUUCACUCAGUAGCUGCAGAAACCAAUGUACUUGCCGUGUCAGUUGAGUAUAGAUUAGCCCCAGAACACAAAAUUCCUGCGUGUUAUGAUGAUUCUUGGGCUGUCAUGAAAUGGGUCUCUCAGCAUGCCAAUGGCGAACAAGGAACUGAACCAUGGCUGAAAAGUCAUGCUGAUUUCUCCCGAGUUUUCUUGUCAGGCGAUAGUGCCGGAGCCAAUAUUUCUCAUAACAUGAUGAUGCGAGCAAGUGUAGAUGAAGAGAAACUUGGAGAUGACUUAAGGAUUGUUGGAAUGGCAUUAAUUCAACCCUUUUUUGGGAACAAUGAGCCUGAUAGAAUUUGGUCGUAUUGUUGCCCCGAAAAUCCCAACGCGGAUGACCCGAGAAUCAAUCCAGCAGCUCAUCCGAGUUUGUUAUCGAAGCUUGCUUGCUCUAAGAUUCUGAUAUGCACUGGAGGAAAGGAUUUUAUCAGAGACAGAGGGUGGACGUACUAUGAGGCGCUAAAGAAAUGUGGAUGGAAAGGCCAAGUGGAGAUUAAGGAAUCCGAAGGGGAAGAACAUGUUUUCCAUUUGGUUAAGCCAACUUGUGAGAAUGCUAAGGACUUGAUGAAAUGGCUGGCCGAUUUCUUUCAACAAUCAAGCCUUUCAACCAUGGCAGAAAUACAACAUGACUUUUUCCCAUUGAUUAGAGUUUACAAUGAUGGUCGAAUCGAAAGGCUGAUGGGCGAAGGUGUUGUCCCAGCUGAAUUAGAUCCUGAAACAGGAGUACAAAUCAAAGACGUUGUAAUUGAUCCAGAAAUUAACCUAUCAGCAAGACUUUACCUGCCCAAAAAUGCCGAUCCGGUUCAAAAAAUUCCCCUUUUUGUCUACUUUCAUGGUGGCGGCUUUGUAAUUGAAUCUGCUUCUUCACCUACAUAUCACAAGCAUCUUAGUAUGGUAGCAGCUGAAGCAAAAGUUGUAAUCGUCUCUGUUAAUUACAGGUUAGCUCCGGAGUACCCACUACCCAUAGCUUAUGAAGAUUCAUGGGUAGCUCUCAACUAGGUCGCUUCACAUGCCAAAAGUGAUGGUAAUGAGCCAUGGCUAAAUGACCAUGCUGAUUUCAGUCGGGUCUAUUUUGGGGGAGAUAGCGCUGGUGCUAACAUCGCACACAACAUAGCAAUUCGGGUCGGGUCGGAAAAAUUGGAUGGAAUCAAACUUGAUGGGAUUUUCCUUGCCUGUCCAUUUUUCUGGGGAAAGGAUUUGAUUGACGGUGAGGCAGAAAACUUGGGUGCCAAAAAUUACAUUGAGAAGCUAUGGAAUUUUAUUCAUCCUAAAAGCCUCGGGUUAGAUGACCCGUUGAUAAACCCGGAAAAGGAUCCGAAUUUGUCUAGUUUAGAGCCCGUUUGGAUUGGCUUAUAAUUUGCUUAUAAGCUGUUUUUAGCUUUUUUGAGUGUUUGACUGGCCAGCUUAAAGUCAUUUUGUGCUUAAAAUAAGUUCAAAAAAAUAAUUGAGCUCAUUUGACUUAGCUUAUGUAAAACAGCUUAUAAGUUGAAAACAACUUAUAAGCCAAAAAAAAUAAGUUAGACUACCUCAACUUAUUUUUUUAGCUUAUAAGCUUCAAACAACUUAUAGACAUAAGCCCAUCCAAACUGUCUAGUUUAGGGUGUGACAAAGUACUUGUUUAUGUUGCCGGAAAAGAUGCGUUGAGAUUUAGGGGAUUUUAUUAUAAGUAGGCGUUGGAGAAGAGUGGGUGGCGGGGUACAGUGGAGUUUGUGGAGAAUGGAGAUUAAGGAUGAGGAACAUGUGUUUCACUUGUUUGCUCCUACAAGUGAAAAUGUCGUGAGUGUGUUGGAAAAGUUGGUCUCUUUCCUUAAUCAGUCCAAGUUUUAAUCAUGGUAUUUUUCAUUUUUAGAUUGUUGUUAUUGUCCGCUGUGCUACUAUGGGAACAAAAGAAAAAUAUAUGUAUGUUUCUCUGUUGUUAAAUUCAAUUUGAGCUAGUAUUUCCUUC